AUGUCUUUCUUGUUGAAAUCAAUGGUGAGUGGGCAGGUGAAGAAUUUAGGACUUGGAGGUGGAAAUGAAGAAAGUAAAGAAGAAGGAAGUUCCUCAGAUCCUGCAGCAGCAGCAGGCAUGACCAGAGAAGAAUAUGAAGAAUACCAAAAGCAGGUGGUGGAAGAAAAAAUGGAACGAGAUAGUAUUUUUGCACAGAAGAAAGCAGAAAGAGCAACUCUCAGGGUCCACUUAAGAGAAAAGUACAGGCUUCCAAAGAGUGAACAGGAUGAAAAUCAAAUACUAAUGGCCGGAGAUGACAUUGAGCUGCCCGAAGAGCUGAAGAAGAUGGUAAAUGAAGAUCAGGAGGAGGAGGAAGUCAAGGAGUCUUUUAUUGGACAGAUUCAAAACCUCCAGAAUAUGGAUGUAGACCAAAUAAAAGAAAAGGCCCAGGCAACAAUUACUGAAAUAAAGCAGGCUGCUGAACAAAAAUGCUCUAUAAUGUGA